AUGGGAGGGAUACUGAAAAACCCACUUCCUGCGAACCAAGCAGUUUCCGAUAACGAGGAAUCUAUUUCGGAGUUCAGAAAACAGGUUUUGAUGAAUACCCAGCUGAAUGCCAAGCUAACAUCAAAGAAACGCGAAGGGCUAGCAAGAGCCGGGGGCUCCCACGUUCUUCCCAAGGAUACGCUGUCGCUGAAGCACCAGCAGGAUGCUGAAGAGCGUUUGCAGUGGAACCAAAAGAACCUGGCUGCAAAUGAACUCACUAAGCAGCAGUACCAAGAUAUCCAUAUUGAUGAACCAAAGACACCAUAUCAGGGAGCGAUUGACCCGAACGGUGAGUAUUACAAGGAUGACGAUGAAGACGAGGCAGAGUUGCAAAACUUCUCUUUGGAUCCAAGUUCGGGACCUGUGCUCGAGACUAAAACCGAGGCUGCGAGUAGCGAGUCGGUAACCGAUCCUCAACCAGAUAGAGAUGAGCACGCAAGACGUUUUGAAGAAAUGAGGAAAAAGCACUAUAACCUGAAGGAGGCUCUUCAGAGCAGGCGAUUGCGGGACGACGACGAUGAUGAAGACGAUGAAGAUGAAGACGACGAAGACGAUGAAGACGAUGAAGACGAUGAAGAAGACGACAAGCGGGAGAAACCACUCAACUCGGAUGGCCCAUAA